GCUGCAUGGAAAACUUGACAUCGAUCUGUUCCGUACUCCCCGUGAUCUCCAAAACAACAUAACAAAGUGGGGGGAAAACAUGGCGAGCGAAGAGGAGGCCAAAAGACUCCCCUCGGUUUCCUCCUCUUCGAUCGGCCUGGAGGCUCUGUUCCCUGCCGGGACAGGGGAGCAGGUCUGCGGGGACGGAAACCCGGAGCUUGUCUGCCUGCGGGAGAGUCUCCAGGACUGGCUGUCACCGUACGAGCCUGUGCUGGUGUGGGUGCAGCGGCUGCUGGUGUGGGAGAGGCCACUGUACAGCGUCGCAGUGGCGGUGACGCUCAACACUUUAUUUUGGCUGCUGUCCUCCACCUCCCUGCGUCCACUGUUCCUACUGAGUGUGUCCCUGCUGGGACUCAUGCUACUGGAGAGAUGGAAGCCCAAAAUGCCCAUCAUCACUGUUGAACAGGCAGAGACUCGUCCUGUACAAAGUGAAGCUGUAAGUGUGGAGCAGCAUCUGCUCAGCGUUCCUGAGCUCAGUCACCACCUGGCAGAGAGCUACCUGACCUGCUGCCUCUACCUGCAGGAGAUGCUGCAGUACAAACGACAGAACCACGGCAAGUUCUGUGUGUUGAUGAGCAGUGGCUGCUUUGUCCUGGCUCUGGUUGGACAUUAUGUCCCGGGGAUCAUGAUCUCCUAUAUCAUAGCUCUGAGUGUCCUGCUCUGGCCAUUGGUGGUGUACCACGAACUGAUCCAGAGGAUGUAUACGGGCCUGGAGCCAAUCCUGAUGAAACUGGACUACAGCAUGAAGGGAGAGACUGAGCAUCGCAAGCACGACAAGAGAAAGGUAAAGAAAGAGCUGGAGGAAGGUGAUGAGCCCAGAGCCGAGACAGAGAGUGAGAGUGAAGAGGAGCUGUCUUGUUUUUCACCAACGGUGGAUGCGAAGACCACGGCUCUGGCCAUGGCCAUCACUGACUCUGAGCUGUCGGACGAGGAGGCGUCCAUCCUGGAAAGUGGAGGCUUCUCUGUGUCCAGAGCCACUACACCACAGCUCACUGAUGUCUCUGAAGAUCUGGACCAGCAGAGUUUAGGCAGCGACCCAGAGGAACCAUACCUCCGUGACCUUCCUGAGUUCCCCUCGGUCGAGGAGUUCCCAUCCAUCGAGCACAACCUGCUCCACCUCCCUUCUCGAGGGUCUGUCCAGGCAGACGGAGCCCAGGCGGCAGCUCAGUCUGAGACAGAACCUUUGAGCCCAGUCAGCCUCCUCAUCCAACAUCUGGCUUCUCCACUCUACUUCGUCAACACGCACUUCAACGGUCACGGACGGCCACCAGGGGACGUGGCAGCAGCGGCAUCUGGGACAAGUGUAGAGAGGGAGGAAGGGAAACAGGAGGGCAUUGACAGGGAAGCUACAGUCAACCAGGAUGUGCAGCGCUCCCUAGAGGCCAUGAGUGAGGACAUAGUGAGCACAGCCAUCUCCACUGUGGUGAGGAGCACUCUGUCAGCGCUGCUGUCAUCCAGCGAGGCCAGCGAGGAGCCCACUCUCGCCGAGUUUCUUCCCACGCAGAGUCUGCCCGGCCCACUGGAGGCCUCCACCCCGCCCACAGAUAACACUACAGUUACAACUACGACGGCCACGGAGCCCAAUGAGGAACUGGAUAAGACCGUUCUCAUGGUUCAAGACACCAGUGAGGAAAUGCCUGAUGACACACUUGUUACGACCGAGGAAGAGGACUUUGAGCUUCUGGACCAAAGUGAACUGGAGCAGGUGGACGAGGAGCUGAACAGACAGGUGGAGGGAGUAUCUGCACACACACCUCCAUCUCCUCCACAUCAACCACACUCUUAACUUUCCCGUCUGUCGUCUCCCUUUUGCUCUGCCUCAAAACUUUGUGUUUUCAUUUGUAUGUUAGAACAUCACAUCCAUACAGGUUUUAUUUACAAAACGUUUUCACUGAGUUUUGCAUUUAAUGUGUGUUUUGCUCAACAUGUUUAAUGGUUCAUACAUAACAUAUUAAGCCUGCUUUAGAUUUAAACUGAUUUUUAGUACCACCAUUCAAGGUUAAGGAGAGCUCUGGUCGACUUUAACAUGUUGAUGAGUUUAAAAGGUUCUCAUGUUGCGUUGUACUUCUGAUAGUAUUUUGAGUAUGGCUGAUUGUCAAAACCAUUGUCCAAUUUAUCUGCUGGGCUACAGUCAGAACCUUCAGAGCUUCAGCUGUGUUAGAUCCUGUGUCCUCUUCAUUUCUCUCAAUGCCAGUACUGACAGACCUCUAACAUCAGAGCAGUAUGUUGAAAUCAUCCAGAGUUCCAAUGGUGUCAUGUUUAUCCAAACUCUGGCCUUCAAUAAUGACACUGAUGACCCUGACAUCAGGUGGUUAUGUUUGAUAAUCAUGUGAUGCCAACUUCUCAUUUGUGAUCUGAAGGUGGUGUCGUGUGAACACGGCCUCACUGGCUCCAAACCUAAAAUGUUUCACUUCAUCUUUGGACCAUGAAGCGUUGAUGUUACUCUUGAAUGUACUUGGUGAGCUGUGGUAGUAAUGUGGUAGAGCGCCCUCUGCCAAUGGUAUAUUGUCAAACUGUCAAGGAAGCCACUUGGAGUAGUGGUUACAGUGAUGAUGAUGUCGCAGUUAGCAUUAGCACUUCACGUCUUGGUCCUGUGCUUUGUGUAGAAUCCAGUAUAUUUUUAUCCGAUGUUUUCACCAUGAGGGGGAUUUUAGGCCAAUUGUGUCAAAUCUGUCUGGCAGAAAAAGUCGAUCAGAGCAGAUUUCUAUCUUCACAGUUUCUAACUAGAUGGUGUUAUGAAGAGUUAAACUAUUUGAUUACAUGACUAUUAAUAUAUGGCUAUAUAUGUAUAAAUAUACUGUAAAUUAUUUAAUUUAAAGGGCAGUUCUUCUUUUUGGUUAACUUUAAGGAAGUUUAAAACAAACAUUUGUCCACUUUGAUGAUUGUACAGUGCAGUAAUACAGUCACAUAGUAACAUAUAGAAAGAAAAACAUUUCUUUCAGUCUAACCAGACAGACUGGGAUAUAUUAGUUUUUUCCAUUUCCUGGAACCUAUUUUUUUGAUUUUUUUCCCACUGUUUUGGAUGUAUUUGUUUUUUGUAAGUGUCCUGGCUUUAAAGGAUUGAUAGGUUAAAAAAAAAAAGUUUUUUUACCCCUGAGAAAAUAAGAAUGAUUUACAAAAAACUGAUUUACAUUGCAAUAUCACAUUAUAACUGUCCAAACUUUGUGUAAGAAAUAUUUUUGUUUUAAACGAACGAGGCCCUUGGGUUAAGAAUUUUACAUUUGCAUAACAUUUAAUUUCUUCCGUCUACGUUGGCUAAAUAAAUUUCAUUCUUUUAAAGUAGAACGCGACUCAUUGUUGGAUAGAUCUUUAUAUGUACAUAUAAUAUAGUCAUCACUGGGAAAUGUACAGUAUAUUUACCAAAAAAAAAAAGAAAAAAGAAAAACAAACACUUUGUGCCACGACCAGUCCAUGCAUGUCACAGAUCAUGCAUGUUGUUUCACCAUAAUCAACGUCUGAGUAGUUUUCAGAGGAAUGUUUUGUUGUUUGUUUUUUUUUCCAUGUUUUCUGUUUUUGGAUGGAUGUUACUUCAUCUGCUGGAAAUGUCCUUUAAAUAUCCAGCACCAAUAACCAACCGUUUUUGUUGUUCUUUUUGCUUUAGUAAAAACCACUCAGCAUCCAAAUCUCAGGGGUGGGCUGUAUAAAGUGAACAUAACAUCGGUGUGUCUCUGCUUCCUCAGACUUUACUACUAUACUAUAGAGCGUUGUAAUUGUACUAACCUUGUUUCCAGUUGACUGCGCCCCCAUGUGUAUAUUGUAGAAAUGAUGCUCAAAAAGAAACAACUUAAAGUCUGCAUUAGAAAAGCACUCUGUUCUUCUCGUCAGGUGACAAAGUACUGCACAGUUUCGUAGAGGAUAAGCUCAAAUAGAAUGUUUCAAGGUCAAAAGAAAAGGAGUGGCUUUUUUGUUUGUUGGAGUAGAGCGUUUUCUUUUUAAACUAGUCGACCGUAAAUGGAACUAAUCCACGUUAGGGGACGUGAGCAGACUAAUCUGUGAUUGGUAACAAUGUGCUUUCUGCUUAAAAUCUUGAGGUUCUGCUUCUCCUUCUUUGAUUAUAUAAUUAAGGCACUUGCACAACUGUACAAUUUAAAAAGGAAUAUAUUUUCUAAUUUCUCCUUUUUCCAUAAAGUUGCUCAGUUUGAUCUUUUACAUCUAAAUACCUGUAACAGCUGUGGACAAGUUUCACCAACAGUCAAGACGUUUGUUGUCAUUUAACUGGUUUCGGUAAAACUGCAACAUCAUAUGUGAAACUUGAGAAUAAAAAGACAAACUGAAAAAAA